GAGCCGGGACAGAGGACUGGUGCAGUUAGAGCAGCUGGUCAUAGCAGCCGAAGCUGCAGGAAGAGGAGGGACUUGUUGGGUUUCAGCCUAGUUGGCUCUGGGUGCAUCGGAAAAGCUGCUUCACAGUUACAUGUAACCUGCCCCCCUCGCCCUGCCCCUCGCAGCGCCCCGUAAACACUGCGCAGAGAGGCGCCGAGCACUGAGCCGCCGCGGCCAUGUCUCAGCCAAGUAAAGGGAAGAAGCCGCCCUCCUCCAAGCCUGCGGGGGCUCCAGGCAAGGGGAGCAGAGCGCAUGGUGACAAGAAAAGUGGAGCAUCUUCUAAACCUGGAGAUAAAAAAGGAUCAGAUGCAACAGAGAAGAAACCUGCAAGUGCUAGUCCCAGUCAGCCUCCCCAAACACAGACAAGUGGAGCUGCUUCUGCCAGCAAGACACAGCCCCCUUCUACAGUUACAACAAAGGCACCAGAUAUGAAGCCCACCGAAACAAAGGCUACUUCAAGCCAUAGCCAGACCAGCGGACAGCAGUCUCGCAGCAGGAAGAGAAACAAGGUUCAGUCCACACAGGCUGCAAAAACAGAACCUGGAAAAGUAGCACAGUCCGCGAAGCCAGCUGAUUCUCAGACUAAACAUCAGUCUGAAGAGAAGCAAAAGAAAUCUGGUGGGGCAAAAAGCCCAUCCAAAUCUUCUGUAGCAAAAAGUUCCAAGCAAACUAGUCCAGGAAAAACAGUCACCAGUCAGACUGAACAGUCAACGCAAGUGUCUUCAAUAGAAGAAUCAAAGCCUAACACUGAAAAUAAAUCACUAGCUAGUGGUGCAGCUGGUGCAGCUAUAGUUGGUGCAGUCACUGCUGCUGGUUUGGUUGCUACUGCUGAUAAGCCAAGUACUGAGACUAAAGAAAAUAAAUCAGUGCCUCCAUCUUCAGCUGUUGAAGCCGCACCUAGUAAGCCACCUCAGGAAUCUGAUGUAGAUAAGGCUUUAGAUGACCUGAUAGGGACUCUAGGCGAACCAGAAGAACAUGUUCCUCCCAGUCCAGUCUACACUGGCCCAGAAAUUACGGAUACAUUUUCUUCUGUAUAUAUUGAAGAACUUGGUAAACGAGAGGGUGCUAUCCCACCAGCGUACAGAAAAUUAUUGGAGGAUAAAGGAGAUGGCAAAGCUGUACCUCCAGAAAAAACGGAACCACCACCUCAGAAACCGAUGACAGAUGACGAUAUUGCAGAUGCUCUGUCAUCUGAUUUUACCUGUAGUACUCCUGCUCAUGGAGAAGAGAAAAAAACUCUGAAAGAGAAGCCGACAGGAGAAGAAGAAAUUGUACAAGUACAGUCAACAAGUUCGGUCAAGAGUUCUGUUCCUCCUAAGGAGAAAAAACCAAAGCUGGAUGAGGCAGCAAUGAGUGACGAUGCACUUGAAGCCCUUGUUGACACCCUUGGUGCACCAGAACCCGAACCCAAAGAAGAUCUUAGUUCCAUUGCAGAAAUCUCAGAGGCAAAAGCCAAAGAGAAAAAAAUACAGAAGCCUGGUGAACGUGAUGAUACAAUUCCUCCAGAAUACAGAUUGAAACCUGCACUGGAUAAAGAUGGAAAACCAUUAUUGCCAAAACCUGAAGAGAAGCCUAAGCCUAUAAGCGAAUCUGAUCUUAUAGAUGAAUUUUCAAAAGAUUUUGUCUGUCCUGCACCACCUGCAGCCCAGUCUAAACCAUCUAAACCCACUGACACAUCUAAAAAAUCUGAUGCUACUGCAACUAAAAAGGCUCCUGCAGAGGAAGUUGUUUCCUCUGCUGUAGUUUCUACUAUACAGUCUUCAGCUCCCUCAACUACUACUUCAGGUGGAGGUGUGUCAGAUGAGGCAGUGGAUGCCUUGUGUGGUAGUCUAGGAAAGAGAGAACCUGACCCCAAAGAAGAAAAACCUGCUGUGGAUAAAGUGAAGGAAAAAACUAAACAAGAAGAACGAGAAAAACUGGGAGAAGAUGAAGAAACAAUCCCUCCUGAAUACAGAUUAAUAGAAGCAAAGGAUAAAGAUGGAAAACCACUCUUCCCACCAAAGUCUGAAGAAAAACCCCAGCCCAUGAGUGAAAGUGAUAUUCUGGAUGCUUUGUCAAAGGGAUUUGCCACUUCCCCAGCAACAACAUUACAGUCUGCACCGCUAUCAACACCUAAAAAAUCCAUGGCUGUUAAAUCUUCCCCAGCUACCUCUGAAGAAGUUGUCUCUUCCACUACAGCUUCUGGAGUGCACUCAGCAGCUCCUUCAGCUGCCCCCCCAGAUAAAGAUGGAAAACCACUCUUGCCAAAGUCUGAAGAAAAACCCCAGGGUGGGAAAGAGCAAGAUGAUGCCCUAGACCUCCUGUCUGAUUCACUGGGACAAAGAGAACCUGAUCCUGAUGAAAAUAAACCUCUUGUGGAUAAAGUAAAGGAAAAUGCUAAAUCUGAACACAAAGACAAACUUGGGGAAAGAGAUGAUACAAUCCCUCCAGAUUACAGGCAUAUUUUGGAUACAAAUGAGCAGGGUAAACCAGUAAAGCCAACAGUAAAGGAGGAUGUGAAACCCAAAGAACCAAAGAAACCUACAGAUGACUCUGCAGCUAUUGAUGCUUUAUCAGGGGACUUUGAUAAUUGCGCAAAAACUCCUGCCACAACACAACACUCUAAGGACAAAAGUGGAAAGGAAGCUGCUGCCACAAUGAAACCGGCAACAAAGGACAGUGGAAAACCUGAAGAUCCUAAAAUGGCAAAGGAACAGUCCUCCAGUGCAAAAUCUGAGAAACAGAAAACAAGUUAGUUUAAUAUUAGUGGGUGUUGGGCACUUAGUGUAAAAAGUCUUCAUUCUGCUGGUGGACAGUUACUCCCAAAGAACAAAAACUAAUACAAGAGCAUGAGAUUAUUCGGGUGGUUUUUGUACAGUGGUAUUUGCUGCAGUUUUUUCAUAUCAUUUUUUCAGGAAUGGAGUUAGGGUUUUUUUUUUCUAACCAUUUACGUUAUUGUAUUGAUACUUUUGAAACUUUUUUUGUAAUUUCUUCAUUUCUGAGAGGGAGAAGAUGCUUUAUAUUUGUAAGAAGUCUAUUUCAUAAAAACUUAAUAGCAAUUCCAGAAACAGCCUGCAAACCUUUGCACAUAAUCUCCACAUAGUGCCUGUAAAUCUCAGUAGAGUUCUCUAGAUAUACACUAGCAUUUUUAACAUUGCAACGAAUGCAUUAAGCAAUUCUAGGAAUGGUAAAGAGUUUUGGUUAUCCUUGGCAGUUCUAGGCUGGGGGUAUAAUGCAUUUUCUUGGGUGAAUUUAUUGGUAAGAAAUCCUAGGACAAUCAGAUAUAUAGUGGCUGGCAAAUUAAAAAAAUGUAUCAUCUCACCUCAAACUCCUAAAAAUAAAAUGUCUAAAAUC